AUGACGCUCAGUUUCGCAGUAAAAGCGCCCCCUUCUCCAUCUCGUAAAGCUACUGUGAUCAUACUUCUUCACUUUAAAGGUCACUAUCGUCUUAUUGAGCGAACAUUGCGUAAUUUUCAGCAUUUAGAACGGCAGCUAGAGCAAGAAUUCAAGCAAUCUCACGACUCUGUCUCCUUUACAUCAGUUUUACCGGCUAUUGAAGCGUAUUGUGAUGCUAAGUUAUGCUUUUACCCCUCGAACCAGCUUGGAAUACGACUAGCAGUUGCACUAGAAGAGUUUUUGCGUCGAUUGGUGACGAUUUGCGACCAUGUCACAAAGCCGACAGCCCUCAUAACGUUCUUUGAUGGAUCUUAUCUAUCAUCUCAAGAAAGCUAUCAAAAGGUAAUUGAUAGUGAAAUAAAUGCAGACGAAAUAAACAUGAUGUACCGCAAAGUAGCUGCAGGUUGUGUAGUUGAGUAUUCGAUAGUUGUUGAUGAAGAACAGCUUAUCAUUUGGAAAUUUAGUGCUCAAGGUUCUGGACUAUAUUUUAGCGCCGAGUUUUCAAGUGGCGAAGAAGAAGAGACGAAUGCUAAUCCAUAUUGUCUUGGUAGCCAGGAUGAAGAGUGUGAAAAAGAUCAAGAGGUUGUCUCGUACCGAACGAAAUGCAAAGGAGAGAAUGAUUAUAGUUAUGGACAUUACGUGACAUCAAAACGUGGUGUAGUGACGCUGCAAUGGGAGAAUAUGGAUAUGGAGUGUGUGGUAUCAAUGCCAUUGCAGUUUCAAGUAAGAACGCUAGCGCUUGAAACCGCUAAGCGAGUACUAGAUGUCACCAACGAACUGAAUAACAUCAACACUACUGAGUGUUUGGAAAAUUUUGUGCUUACUUCAAAGCUAACGUCCUUAGAAAAUUGUUACGAAUGGAAAAGUUACGACGUCGAAGCUGACAUGUUUGGUAUUCACGCUGAAGUAGACCAAGGUGUGGAAGAAGAUGUAGAAAGAGAUGCUCGGCUUGAUAUUGCACUGUUUAAAGAACGCACGCUACAGCUUGAAGCUCAAGUGAAUCGUCUUGAAACAAGUCUAGCAGCUGCUAAAAAGGAGCUGAAAUGCGCACAAGACCGUCUUGAGAUCACUGACGAAAUUAACAAAGCCAGCUUGGAAACCAUUGUUAAGCUUGAACGUGCGAGCACAGUUGGUAGCCUAAAGCCGAUGAAAAAAGCGGAUGACGUGGCUGCAAUAUUACCAGCUGGUCAAUCCAACCUGGCAGACGAGAAGUCACCAUCAAAUGAGUUGGAGCGUGCUCAGCAACUGUGUGCUAGUUUUCAAGAGCAAUGUUUAUGGCGAUCUGUAGAGAACAUGGAGCUUGAGACUCACUUGGCUGCGUCUCAAGUCGAAGCAUCUUCAUGGCGCCAAAAACAUGUUGAUCAAGUCGAACAUAUACAGAAGCUGGAGAAGCAGAACGAAAAAUUGCGAGCGCAUAAAAAGAUGCUUGUGAACGAGGUCAAACGUUUACAGCCAUAUUCGCAUGUGAAUUUGGCAGCGCUUGUGCAAGAAGCUCAGGAGGCAAGAAUGAUGCAACGUAGUUUGCAAACAAAACUCGAUUCCCUCGAGCAGAUUCAAAAGGAAGUGGUUCAAACUGCUUUUGAAGCGAAUUCCAGUGACUUUGUGCUUGUUGAAGCAUUAGAUGAGGACCAUUAA